UGGUGCAUGACCGUGGUUGGAGGCUUGCUCGAGCUGGCUGGGCAGGCCAGCGACCACGAUACUUGAACUUCGUUCAGACUGUCAUGGGCCAUGAGAAGAAAAAGAAGAAAGACAAGGACCGCGACCGGGAGCGGCGGCGGCGACACAGCCGCACGCCCUCGCCGAGCCCGGACGGCGCCGACGGCGAGCGGCGUCGGCGGCGCAAGCACAAGAAGCACAAGGAGCGCAAGCGACGCCACGAGUCCGAACCGUCAGGCAGCCCGCCGCCGGCCGCGCCGCCGCCGCCUUCCCCCGGCCCGGGCGACGGUGGCGGCGGUGGAGGAGGAGACGGCGGUGGUGGCGGUGGAGGGGGCGGCGAUGUGUCUCUCUCCAUCGCGGAGACCAACAGACUGCGUGCCGAGCUGGGGCUGCGGCCGCUGGACAUCAAGAAUGAGGGCGGCACCGGCGAGACUGCCGCCGAGGGCCCGCGCAUGGGCUCGUCCGACACGUACGCCAUCCACAAGCGGCCAGAGCACAUGGGCGAGAAGAAGCGCACCGAGAAGCUGCGCGAGCGGCUGGCGGCGCGGCGCGAGCAGCGCGCCAUCGAGGCGCGGCUGGCGCGCGGCCGCGGCCUCGGCGAGUCGUCGUCGGACGAGGACACGGCCGCUGCCUGGGUCGCCAAGUCCCGCCAGCUGCAGAAGGAGAAAGAGAUGGCCUCCAAACGGGCGGCUCUGCUGGACGACCUGGAUGCCGAGUUCGGCGUGGGCGAGCUGGUGGCCGCCGAGACGGAGGAGGCGCGCGCCGCCGCCUACACGGCCGGCGACCUGCGCGGCCUGACCGUGGAGCACCAGCCCGACCGAUUCGUCGAGGGACGUGAGGUGGUGCUCACCAUCAAGGACCGCGGCGUGCUUGACGAGGAGGACGACGUGCUCGUCAACGUCAACAUGGUGGACGACGAGCGGCACCAGAAGAAUGUGGCGGUGCGGCGCCAGAAGCCCGGCUACCGGCCAGACGACCAGGAUGAGUGGGACGAGGAGGGCAACUACCGGCCCAGGACCCUGCUCAGCCAGUACGAUGAGGAACUGGAGGGCGAGAAGAAGUCCUCGUUUGUUAUCGGCCAGGCAGGUCAGGCGGUGUCGGUGCCGUCGUCGGCCGACACCGCCCGCCUCGUCAAGCAGAAGCUCCAGCAGAAGAGCCUCGUGUCGCUGGACAUGCCGGCCCCGCGCGUCGCCUCCGAGUUCUACACCGAAGGCGAGAUGGCCUCCUUCAAGAAGGUUAAGAAAAAGGUGCGUAAGGUGCGUAAGAGGGGCCGAGCGCUGCGCGCUGACGACCUGCUGCCGCUGGCGGAGGAGGAUCAGUCAACCCACCUGAGCUCGCGGACCGUCAAGACCGAGCCGGCCGACAGCGAUGACGAGCCGACGGCCGUCACCGACGACACAGCCGUGCUGACCGCCGACCUGACGGGCGUCAAGCUGGAACCGGAGGAGUCUGGCGAGGCCGAGCUCAGCCGCGCCAUCGAACGCUCCCGCCGGCUGCGACAGACGGAGCCGCAGGAGCCGGCGGCGGCGGCGGCGGCCGGCCCGGUCCGCAGUUCGACGGAGCAGCGGCUGGCGGAGCUGGCCGCCCAGCUGCGCCGCGCCGACCCGACCGACCCGGCCGCCACCCAGAGCAUCGUGCUCAACUCAACUGCCGAGUUCUGCCGCUCGCUCGGCGACAUACCCACCUACGGCAUGGCUGGCAACCGUGACGAGGAGGCCGAGGAGAUCGCCAGCCUGGAGCGCGAGCUCGCCGAGGAGCGGCGGCGCACGGACAUGGAGCGCGCGGCCGCCGGCGGCGUCUGGGAGGAGGUGGGGCCGGACGAGGCGGCCGCGCCCGCCGACGCCGCCGCCGAGAGCGCCGCCAUCCUGGAGGAGGAGCCCGAGGUGGGCUCGGGCCUGGCUGGCGCGCUCAAGCUCGCCAUGCACAAGGGCUAUGUGGACGUGGAGGAGGCGGGCAAGAAGGGUGCCAGCCAGCAGGUGCUGUCCCACCUGCGCGCGCAGAACUACUCGAUCGAGGACAAGAGCGCCAUGGACGACGACCGGAACCGCAGCCGGAGCAGCUACAGCGGUGGCGGCCCGGUCACCGAGUUCCGCGAUAAGGCCCACUACAAGCCCGAGGUCAAGCUCGAGUACAUCGACGACCAGGGCCGCCUGCUUAGCUCCAAGGAGGCGUUCAGGUAUUUGUCGCACAAGUUCCACGGCAAGGGCUCCGGCAAGAUGAAGACCGAGAAGCGCGAGAAGAAGAUCCAGGAGAGUCUGCUGAUGGCACAGAUGAACUCGACCGACACGCCGCUCAACACGCUGGCGCGCCUGCAGGAGAAGCAGAAGGAGCUACAGUCGCCCUACGUGGUGCUCAGCGGCGCCAAACUGCUCGGCAGCGGCGCCUCAGGGUCACAAGUAGCGAAACAUUGACACCCAGCGGCUGUGGCGUAGCCCAUGGUUGGUCGGGGGCCGGGUCCGCCGGCCCGGCGCCGUGCGAGUCGUCUGAAGACCAAGAUCUGGUUCUGCGCAGAGGCCCGGGUGGCCGCUGGUGCCGUGACGCGGUCAUCCCCGCGGAGCUCGCGCCACCACAGCGGGACCGGAGCGCGCCCGUCACGUGACACGAGUCGUCACCGCGACGCCGGGUCGGACCCGGCCAGCCCACACGGCGUCCCCCGCCGGACUGGGAGGCGGCGGCGGCGGCGGACGCGGGCCCGGGUCCCGGCGGGGCGGCGAGCCGACGGCACCCGCCCAGCGCGUGAAGGGUGUGACGCGUCCGGCCCUCCGGCGCCGUCGGAGCCGCUAGAGGCGCUCUGAGGUGCCAGCGCCACGUCCAUGUAAUGUUCCAUGAUAUACACUGGGCCUCACCUGCCCGCCCUGGUCAUCGA